AUGCCGCUCUGGAACGUUUACCACCCCGAGAGCAUUUUCGAGGAUGAUGCCAGCAAGGCAGCCUUCUCAGCCGAUGUUGUCUCCUACUACACCGCGGUCGGUUUGCCUGCCUUUUAUGUCGUUAUCAAUUUCAUCAAGAUGUCCGGAAACACCACGUGGGUAGGAGGCAAACCGCCCAACAAGGAGGAGCCCUUCGUCCGAUUUACCAUGGACCACAUCGCUGUCCAUAUGCCAGACAUCGACAAGGUUUACAGAGCGGAGUCAGAUAAACUGGACAACAUCAUCAGGAAGCACCUGGAGAAGAAAGGUCACACCUGGGAGUUCCAUGUCAACGAAACGGAAAGACGACUAUGGAAGAUCCACGGGUUGUUCCCACCACCAUUCGGCAGCGAAGCAGAAAAAGUUUGGGUCGAACAGAACAAAGCUACGCCAUGGGAGAAAUUGUGA